GCGGAUUUUUUUUUUAUCGUACUCAUAAUCAACUAUAACCGAAAGGAAGACGGCAGAAAAGUAAGAACAGUUGACUGAGAACAAGUUCUGCCACCCGCUCGUCCGAACGCACGAACGCUGGGCGUUGGACACUGGAAGGUAUAAAAGAAGGAGUUCGGGAUGAAUAAGAAUUAGUCGGUCGGUUGGCGUCUUUCACGGUGGUACGCUAAAGGAUAGAGUCGCGAGUGUAGUAAGCAAGUUCGAAACCGUGCUGAGUGAAAAAAGUGCAAAUUUCUGCUUGUGCUAUAAAGACAAGGUGUGUGAGUGUAUAUUUUAAAAGAUCCAAUGCUUCGUUGAGGUGAAAGCAUCAGAAUGAGUCUUCUGCCAUAUAAAGGGCUGACCAUUGUUGGUGCCUGGCUGGUACUAACGGCGACAGCCAUAAGAAUCGAACGGCCGGAACCGGUAAGCUUCUUUCGCAGCAGCGUAGAACAAAUUCCACCGCACGGCUUUGAGAAACAGGUGGCCGCCGAAGAGAAUGAUGACUUUGGAAGUAAAUCUUUACCGCUGCGUACCGCUGUCGAGAGUGUUCCAGCAAUUCUUGUCGAUGAACGGCUACCGUUGCGUGAUGCCGUUGAAUUCCGUAUCCUCGAUAUGGAUCACGAAAUAGAGGACAGAGUUAGUCAGGUGAAAAGUGUGGUUAACAAGCAAAAGUUCAAACUCGUUCCAAUAGACACGAAAGAUGUGGAGAGUUUCCGUGUGCUAUCCUUCCAGGAUAAAUAUGCAGCCUAUGUUUUACCUGUACAACCCGCCAACAAACCUAUGCCAUAUCGGGCGGGAUCUCCGUAUCAGCAGCUAGUGAGCAGCAAGGAUGUGCCGGUGGUACAAAACGCUUAUAGUAAAAUUGUAGCCCUUCAAAAAGCAGCACCGAGCGAAUAUAAAGUAUUGUGUCACAUGACGAAUUGGGGCUUUUAUCGCAAAGGUGAAGCACAGUUUGUUGCGGAAAAUUUGGAUCCUAGUCUGUGUACGCACAUCAUCUACUCGUUUGCCACUUUGGACCCAUCGACGCUAACGAUGAAAGAGUUCGACAGCUGGGCUGAUAUAGACAACAAUAUGUACUACAGAACGAUAGCAGCGGCUGGCGGUGUACCUGUGUUGCUUGGGUUAGGCGGAUGGACAGAUUCGGUGGGCAACAAAUAUUCGGAGAUGGUUGGAUCUUCGGCUAAUCGAAGAAACUUCAUAACGAAUGCGAUCGUUUUUCUCAAAAAGCAUGGCUUUUCGGGUUUACACAUGGAUUGGAACUAUCCCGUGUGCUGGCAGAGUGACUGUUCCAAGGGUUCCGAUAGUGAUAGGAUCAAUUUUAGCAAGUUAAUUCAAGAAAUAAAUAAGGCAUUUACCCCGGAGAACUUGCUGAUCAGUACCAGCAUUUCGGGAUACAAGGAGGUACUGAUGGUAUCGUACGAUAUCGCCGACCUUACCAAGUACGUUGAUUUUAUGGCUGUUAUGACGUACGAUUAUCAUGGUUCGUGGGAGGAACAAACGGGACAUGUGAGUCCGUUGUACGGUAGUUCGUAUGAUAAGUAUCCACAGUACAAUACGGAUUACACCAUGCAACUGUUGGUGAAGAUGGGUGCAGACAAGAGUAAGCUUAUCGUUGGAGUUCCAUUCUAUGGUCAAACGUUCACACUGGCUCAAACUACUAGAGCUACACCAGGUGAAGGUAGUCCUACUAUCGGACCCGGAACAGCUGGUGAUGACACGAGACAACCGGGUAUGUUGGCUUAUUAUGAAAUUUGUCAACGUGUCCGUAAACAGAAAUGGAAAGUGGGGAGAGAUGUGAAUAUGAAGUCUGGUCCUUAUGCCACCAACGGUGAUCAGUGGGUUGGAUACGAUGAUCCCAUAUCGGUCACUGCUAAAGCACGAUACGUGAUGAAGUCGGGAUUCGGUGGAAUCGCCGCAUGGACGGUCGAUUUGGACGAUUAUCAAAAUCGCUGCUGCGAGGAACAGUUCCCCGUGCUGAGAGCUAUAAACAGAGCUCUAGGACGGCUUGAUUCACCUGUCCCGACGGGAAUGGAUUGUUCGCGUCCCAAUCAACCAGCUACACCGAAACCGGCAGAAAUGACGUUUAGUCCAGAUGGUGGAGUACCGAGUACAACAUCCACGCCAGCACAUUCACAUACAACCUGGCCAUCGUGGUCACCGGAAAGUACAUCAACCACAAGAAGAACGACAACCACAGUGCCUACGACUUCUUCCACGACCACUACUACCACUACGACUACUACUACUACUACGGCAAGACCAACCAGGAUAUCUACUACUCCAUCGACAACUACGACCACUGUUGGUACAACCAUCCCCGUACCAGGGCUUGUAAUGCCCGAGCUCAGCAAUGCAGAAAGUUGCGAAGGCAACCAAUACAAGGCACAUCCAACGAACUGUAAUUCCUAUUACCGUUGUGUUCUGUCCGAGUUCAAACAGCAGUUCUGUGCCGGUGGUUUGCAUUGGAAUGAUGCGGCCAAACUUUGCGAUUGGCCUUCAUCGGCAAAAUGCGAAAUGGAUAUGGGAAGUCCGGAGCCGAUUACAACGUCUACAACAGCAAGACCUACAAGAACCUCAUCGAGACGGACGACACGAACAACACCGAGUACUAUCGAAGAAACGGUAACGUCUCGUCCAACUCGUCGCAAGACUACGGUAGCUUCAAAUACUCCAAGCGCAACCAAACCCGCCAAAAAACCUGUUACUACUACCAAAAAGCCCGUAAACCGCCCGGCGGAAACAUGCAACAAUGGAGAGUACUAUCCGCACAAAAACUGUGACAGUUUCUACAUCUGUGUGAACGAAAAGAAGGUAGCCCAACAGUGCGGUCCUGGCCUCUAUUGGAGCCAAACGGAUAAGAGCUGCGACUGGGAAGACAACGUGAAUUGUGUAAGCAAUGAACAGUACUUCCGAUUGUUAACAACCUUUAGCGCCUUUAAGGUGCUGUCGGAGGAUGAUCCGUGCGAUGGCAAUUCGCACGUUCCAUUUCCGGGUGACUGUAAUCAAUAUUUGAUAUGCAACUGGGGUCGCCUCGAGUCAGCUAGCUGUGCCGAUGGGCUUCACUGGAACCAGCAGCUAAAAAUUUGCGAUUGGCCAACAAAUGCUAAAUGCUCGACGGGUGGUAUGCCGGAAAGUACGGAAAAUAAUUCUGAUGAAAACAAUGCAUGGCAGGGCGCGGGUCAGGACAUUGAUGGUCCACAGUAUGUAGUAUCAACGACGGAGAAACGGACCACUACGACACGCACAACAACGGUCGCUCCUGCAACACCUCCACCAAUGCUGGAACCUCUGUCUGGGUACUAUAAGAUGGUUUGCUACUUUACCAACUGGGCUUGGUACAGGAAGGGCUAUGGAAAAUAUACCCCGGAUCAUAUACGUACCGAUCUCUGUACGCACAUUGUGUACGGAUUUGCGGUGCUAGACUACUCCUCACUAACGAUCAAAACGCACGACUCGUGGGCAGAUAUCGAUAACAAGUUUUACACACGCGUAGUUGCCGCAAAGGAGAAAGGCGUGAAAGUGACGCUUGCCAUUGGUGGUUGGAAUGAUUCGGCGGGAGAUAAAUACAGCCGGCUGGUACGGAGUGCCGCCGCAAGAUCAAAGUUUGUGGAGCACGUGAUCGGCUUUUUGGAAAAGUAUGGAUUCGAAGGGUUGGAUCUCGACUGGGAAUAUCCCGUCUGUUGGCAGGUCGAUUGCAAGAAAGGAUUUGCCGAUGAGAAGGAAGGAUUUACGGAACUGGUGCGGGAACUGUCGGAGGCAUUCAAACCCCGCGGGUGGUUACUAUCGGCUGCCGUAUCACCAAGCAAAACCGUGAUCGACGCUGGGUAUGAUGUGGCUGCGUUGGCGAAAUAUUUCGACUGGAUUGCCGUCAUGACGUACGAUUUCCAUGGACAGUGGGACAAACAAACGGGACAUGUAGCGCCACUGUACUACCACCCCGAGGAUGAGAUUGAUUUCUUUAAUGCGAAUUAUUCGAUCAACUAUUGGAUCGAAAAGGGAGCGCCAUCGCGAAAGAUUGUAAUGGGUAUGCCACUGUACGGACAAUCCUUCCAAUUAGCUGACACUAAGAAGAAUGGGCUCAAUGCCAAGGCUCCAGGGCCUGGCCAGGCAGGAGAAUUCACGAAAGCGGCAGGAUUUCUAGCUUACUAUGAGAUCUGUGAUCGUAUACAAAACAAAGGAUGGACAGUGGUGGAAGACGAGCUGAAAAGAAUGGGACCAUAUGCGUACAAGGGCAAUCAGUGGGUAUCGUUCGAUGAUAAAGAAACUUUACUGAGGAAGGUACAAUUCAUACGUGCAAUGGAUCUGGGAGGAGGUAUGAUAUGGGCACUGGAUUUGGACGAUUUCAAAGACCGCUGUGGGCAGGGAAGCCAUCCGUUACUAACUGCCAUUAGAGAAGGACUUCGAGAACCUCCCAAAGGGAACGAUGUACUUCGUAAGUAGAAAUCGAAUCCAUUCCUGUACAAAAACAAACCUAACUGACGUUGUUUCUUUCUUUUCGUAGCAUCGAUUGUACAUCAAUCUACAGGAAAUGAAAAUGCUGGCUUGGGCAUGGAACCGAAUGCCGGUAUUGCUUCUCCAGAGAAACAACAACCCGGUGCAACCGAUAGCUUCGAGGUGGAGGAAAAUUUUGUUGAAUCAGACGAAUAUAAAGUGGUCUGUUACUUCACGAACUGGGCCUGGUAUAGGCAAGGGAAUGGCAAAUAUCUUCCCGAAGAUAUCGAUGCCGACCUGUGCACUCACAUUGUGUAUGGAUUUGCCGUGUUGGAUCGCGAAGGUUUGACCAUUAAGCCACACGAUUCCUGGGCAGAUAUUGAUAAUCGUUUCUACGAGCGUGUCGUGGAGCUUAAAAAGAAAGGAAAGAAAGUAACCGUUGCGAUUGGUGGAUGGAACGAUUCGGCCGGUGACAAGUACAGUCGGCUGGUGCGUAACGCCGAAGCCCGGAAGCGCUUUGUGGAAAAUGUGAUGCAAUUCAUUGCCAAGUAUAACUUUGACGGAUUGGAUUUGGAUUGGGAAUAUCCCGUUUGCUGGCAGGUGGAUUGCAAAAAGGGAUACGCUGAUGAAAAAGAAGGAUUUUCAAGCUUGGUGAUUGAGCUGGCGACGGCCUUCCAACCGCACGGUUAUCUGUUAUCGUCGGCAGUAUCGCCCAGCAAGAAGGUAAUAGACGCGGGCUAUGAUGUACGUACGCUGUCCGAUUACAUGGACUGGAUCGCUGUGAUGACGUACGAUUAUCACGGUCAGUGGGAUAAACAGACUGGUCAUGUUGCGCCGAUGUACGAGCAUUCUGAUGAUUUUGAUAAAACAUUCAACGCUAACUUUACGAUUCACUACUGGAUCGAACAAGGUGCGGAUCCCCGCAAGUUGGUCAUGGGUAUGCCAAUGUACGGGCAGUCAUUCUCUCUUGCGGAUGUCAACGAUCAUGGGCUGAAUGCCAAAACUUACGGAGGCGGUGAAGCUGGCGAUCAAACACGUGCUAGAGGAUUCUUGUCAUAUUACGAGAUUUGCUCUAAUGUUCAGCAGAAGAACUGGAAUGUUGUACGUGACCGCAAGGGACGAAUGGGCCCAUACGCUUACAAAGGCGAUCAGUGGGUUUCGUUCGACGAUCAGUACAUGAUACGUCAUAAGAGUGAAUUUAUCAAAGCGAUGGGUCUUGGAGGUGCCAUGAUAUGGGCGCUCGAUUUGGACGAUUUCCGAAACAUUUGUGGAUGUGAAGAAUAUCCUUUGCUGCGCACUAUCAAUCGCGUAUUGCGGAACUAUCCUGGACCCGGACCAAAGUGUACGCUAGGAUCUGGUAAACCACCGUCCGAUAGCCCGACUACAACCGUGACGACUACCACGGCUCCAAGAAAACCCAUUACUACAUCCAGAACUACAACGAUGCCUCCGAAGGCAGCAUCAACUACACGCAAAACGACCCGACGAACGACUGCUAGGACGACGACUACCGGCCGGCCCUCAACACCAUCGAUUGAUGAUCUUGAUUACAACCAAUCGGAUAGUGAUUGUGAUGGACGGUUGUUCGUUCCACAUGAAACGGAUUGCUCCAAAUAUUACAUUUGUCAACAUGGCAAGCGUUAUGAGCAAAGAUGUCCUGCCAAUACGCUCUGGAAUAAUGGGUACUGUGACUGGGAGGAGAACACGAAUUGUAAAAACAAACAACGCCCAAUAACCUCAACGGCUCCCAGCGUUGUAACUGAUAAUGUUGAUGGUGAUCGGAUGUCUUCAACUAGUCGUCCAGCAACUACUACUACUACUACCCGUCGUACUACAACAACAUCAACUCGCCGUCCGACUGAAAGGCCCGCAACAACAGCUAAACCAGUAGUACCUCCAUCGAGCGAAGCAGAUCCUGGAAAUAGUGACUAUAAAGUGGUGUGCUAUUUCACAAACUGGGCAUGGUACAGACAGGGCGAUGGAAAGUAUACGCCCGAUGAUAUCGAUAGCACAUUGUGCACCCACAUCGUGUACGGGUUUGCCGUGCUCGAUCGCGAAAGUUUGCAGAUCAAAACGCACGAUUCGUGGGCCGAUAUAGACAAUCGGUUUUAUGAGCGUGUGGUCGAACAUAAGCGCAAAGGAACGAAGGUGACGUUGGCGCUGGGCGGAUGGAACGAUUCACUUGGCGAUAAGUACAGCAAAUUGGUACGAGAUGCCACUGCUAGAGCUAGGUUCGUGAAACAUGCCGUUGAGUUUAUAGAAAAGUAUGAUUUCGAUGGGUUGGACCUUGACUGGGAAUAUCCCGUAUGUUGGCAGGUCGAUUGCCAAAAGGGAUAUCCGGAUGAGAAGGAGGGCUUCGCGAAACUGGUACAGGAGCUUGCCGUUGAGUUCCGACCGAGAAGUUGGCUACUCUCGGCUGCCGUUUCGCCAAGCAAGAUGGUUAUCGAUGCCGGGUACGAUGUGCCAGUACUGGCGGAGUACUUCGACUGGAUUGCGGUCAUGACCUACGAUUUCCACGGCAACUGGGACAAACAAACAGGUCACGUUGCACCACUGUACUACUAUCCCGGUGAUACGUACGAUUACUUUAAUGCCAACUUCUCCAUCAACUAUUGGAUCGAAAAGGGAGCACCGUCGCGAAAGUUGGUCAUGGGCAUGCCGUUGUAUGGACAAUCGUUUUCACUUGCCGAUGCUCGCCGGAAUGGGUUAAAUGAAAAAUCUUACGGUCCGGGUGAAGCAGGAGAAUUUACCCGCGCCGGAGGAUUCUUAUCGUUUUACGAAAUAUGUGACAAGGUAAAUCGUAAGGGUUGGUCCGUUCAGCGGGAUCCCGAAGGCCGUAUAGGUCCAUACGCAUACAGCGGAAAUCAAUGGGUUUCGUAUGAUGAUGUGGACGAAAUUCGUAGGAAAACUCAAUUCGUCAAACAAAUGAACCUUGGCGGUGGAAUGGUUUGGGCUUUGGAUUUAGACGAUUUUAGAGGAAAUUGUGGAUGCGGUACGCACCCAUUACUGCGUACCAUGAAUUUGGAGCUUGGUCGAAUCAACACACAAGCGCCAGAAAAUUGUACUUAGAGUGAGUUUGAAGUUUGCGUAUGUGUAAAGAGAUGGAGUGAAAUUGUGUGUGAACAUACUACUUACUAAUCGAGUGAAUAAAAUUCAGUGUGAAGAUGUACACAA